AUGUCUUCCUUCGUCAUCACAGGCACCUCCAGGGGCAUCGGCUUAGAAUUGGUCGCGCAACUCCUACAAUAUCCGCAAGCAGAGGUCUCGCACAUAUUCGCCAUCACCCGCAGCAACCCGUCGCCUCAACUACAAGACCUCCUGCAGCGCCACCAGGGCCGUCUCUUCAACGUCAUCGUUCAAGACCUGACCGACAAUGCCCGCGUAGCGUCAGCAGUGUCCGAGAUUGAGGCUGCGCUCCUAACUGGUCAAGGCAUAGACUACUUGAUCGACAACGCUGGCAUCAUGCCUUGGACUUCGCCCGUUUCCGCCGCGAAAAAAGAGGUGCUGCUUGACUGUUUCAAUGUCAAUGUCGUUGCGGCGCAUACGAUCACUUCUGCUCUCAUCCCAUUGUUGAGUAAAGGGGAUAAGAAGACCGUUGUGAACCUCUCGACAGCGAUGGGCUCCAUAGCCUACACCCCCUGCUACACCUUCGCCCAAACCCCCGAAUACAAAAUCUCCAAAGCCGCCAUGAACAUGCUCACCGCCCAAUACGCGCUAGAAUUCGCCGAUCAAGGCUUCACAUUCCUUGCCAUCUCUCCUGGCGGGGUCAAAACCGACCUCGGUGGUCCUUCAGGCGAUCUGGAGGUCUCGAUAGCUGUUCAAGCGAUUCGCGAGAUUUUGGUCGAUGAGGGGAGGAAGGAGAGGAAUGGGAAGUUCUUCAAUGUUAGGGUUGAGGGGUGGGAGAGUGCGGAGGGGCCGAAUCAGUAUGAUGGGAGGGAGAUUCCUUGGUAA